GUUUUACUGUUAUCCUCGGGACAUGUGGGAGCAGCUUGAAGUUCAAACAGACCCUUUUGGUCAUGCUAAAAACUGGAACAUUAAGGAAUUUUCCUGCAAUGCCGGCCGACUGCAGGAUUGCAGAUCUAUUUUUGACAGCAGGAGAAGACCAAAAUCUGCUUAAUCUGUGGCUAUAUUUUUUCUCUGCACAGUGAGCUUGUUUUUCAGAAGGUGCUUUUUUCAACUUAUAAUCCACUUUAGGCUAAAACGCUGCAGUGAGGUCAUGCCUGGGCUUGUUUGAAGUUUUUUUCCCCUAACUCGGUCUCUGCCUAUCACAAGUCGAAGGUGAUGGAUUAUGCUUGCUGUUGGAAUGUGGCCUGGAGGUGAAUAACUAAGUGAGUCCAGAAACCAUGCUGCGAUCGGUAAACCAACGCUGGGUUUAGAAGAAAAAAACUAUAUGGAGUUACGUUUAUGCUGAAUGGGACUCCAGGAGGAGGUGCAGACUCUAUCGCAGACAGAAGGGGCAGGGAUGAGAGGGGAGGCAGAGCUGGAAGCCUCAAAGAACAACGUGGUAAAGUACGAGGACGAUGCAAAUCAAGAGGCGGAUCCGAGGGAGAGCCCGGGGCAGAGGAGGAGUGCAGCUGGAAAGCUCAACAGGUGGCUUUACCUAAACGGCACAGGCGUGCAAGGGAGCGAGGGGUGGAGAAAAGGGGAAGUACUAAGAAUGAGGACGGACCGGUUGCCUUCUUUUCUCCAGGAUAGUUGUGUACGACAGUCAUCUGCAGAGGACUUUGACUUGACUGGGGAUGAGAAAACAACUUGGGCCAAAGAACUCCGUGGUGCUGGUGUUGAGGUUUGCCACAUUCCUGUUGAGGAAAUAAGCUGUAAUGACAUCAAUGCAACACAGCAGAAUGCAACACAGCCUCAUGUGGUGGUCUUGCGUAGGCCUGCACAUGGGCUUCGCCUCUUGGGCCGUCGAAGGACGAUGAGCAUAUUUGUCUUUCCAGAUGACAACCAAAGACAGACGAAUGAGCACCAAGAAAGGAUUAGUAGACCCUAUAGUGUUUGCAUGUUAGCAGCUACCAACUCAAGCAGCCUUUCACUGCCCAACAAUCAAGAUUGUCCGGAUGUGGUUCGGCGGUGUAGGACGAGACGUGCCGAGCUACAUGCAAUAGACGGUCUCAAAGCCGACAUGCCGCCAUCUGCCAACUUAUUUCCUCAUUCACAAGAAGAACCACCACCAAUCCGUCGGAGCUUGAGAAGCAGGGGCAGACCCCGGCCUGUUAGCAUGACUGUUCUUGAACUUAAAGAACGCAGCGGUUCCAGGGAAGAGCUCAAGACCCAUACUUCCACUACCAGCUUGCCUCGUCCAAGUUUCCGUUGGAGAUGGUUCGGUCGUCAUACACCAGAAAAGGAAGAGGUGGGAGCGCAAACGAUUGUGAGGCAAAAUGAACCCGUUAUUAGCAAGGAAGAAGGACCUAAACGAACAUUUGGCUCGCUGCGAAGGAGCUUAAGCCUCCGGAUCAAGCGCAAUCGGAAUCAACCGGAGCAGGAGGAUAAAACCGAACGAAGACGCACUGCGAGUAUCGGAGAAAAAUCUGUACCAACCGCCUACCCGUUCUCGUACUUAACCGGUAGGACAUUAGCGCCAACGCGUGAGCAAGAUGAGGACCACUCAGGGGCCACACAGUACAUCGAGUACCAAACGCGGGGCAAGGUAACGGUGUUGGAGGUCCCUCUCCGUCCUGCCAAACUUACCCAGCCCACCAAACAAACUCAGUCCGAACCUAGUUUUUGGCAGCUAAUUGCUAGUCGUUUUAAGAGGAAGGACCCGUUGUCCAGCAACCGAUCUGAGGUUUGCUCUGAGAGCCGGGCGGUUGGGAGCCAACCCCUUGUGAGAAAUACAAAGCCGGAUUCUGUUGCUAUAGAGACUCUAGCUGGCAUUGGCCUUCACAAAGGUCAAGACUCCUUUGUGAACAGUCAAGAAUGGACAUUGAGUCGAUCAGUACCAGAGCUCAAAGUGGGCAUCGUGGGAAAUCUGUCCAGCGGGAAGUCGGCAUUAGUUCACCGGUAUCUGACAGGAACAUAUGUACAGGAGGAGUCGCCCGAGGGAGGGCGGUUUAAAAAGGAGAUCGUGGUGGACGGACAGAGUUAUCUUCUGCUGAUCAGAGAUGAAGGCGGACCACCAGAACUGCAGUUCGCCGCUUGGGUGGAUGCUGUGGUGUUUGUCUUCAGCUUGGAGGAUGAGAUCAGCUUCCAGACGGUUUAUAACUACUUCCUGCGUCUUUCCAGUUACAGGAACACGGCAGAGGUUCCCAUGGUGCUGGUGGGAACGCAGGACGCCAUCAGUGCCGCCAACCCCAGAGUAAUCGAUGACGCCCGGGCUCGGAAACUGUCCAAUGACCUGAAGCGCUCCACGUAUUACGAGACCUGCUCCACCUAUGGCCUUAACGUGGAGAGAGUCUUUCAAGAUGUUGCGCAGAAAGUCGUGGCCCUGAGGAAAAAACAGCAGCUCUCCAUUGGUCCGUGCAAAUCUCUGCCUAACUCUCCCAGCCACUCAUCCGUCCCAGCCGCAUCCAUCCCAUCUGUACACAUCAAUCAGGCUGCUAAUGGCGGAGGCGCGUUCAACGAUUACUCGUCCUCUGUUCCCUCCACCCCCAGCAUAAGCCAGAGAGAAAUGCGUAUAGAGACGGUGGCCGCCUCCAACACACCCACGCCCAUCCGCAAGCAGUCCAAACGGCGCUCCAACAUCUUCACAUCGCGGAAAGCCAGCGAUCAAUCAAAGAGCAGUGAGAGUAAAACUGACAGUAUAGGCAGUGGAAGGGCCAUUCCCAUCAAACAGGGAAUUUUGUUAAAACGGAGUGGGAAGUCACUUAAUAAGGAGUGGAAGAAGAAAUAUGUCACAUUGUGUGAUAACGGUCUGCUCACAUACCACCCCAGUUUACAUGACUACAUGCAAAAUAUCCACGGGAAAGAAAUCGAUUUGUUGAGGACGACGGUGAAGGUACCUGGAAAGCGGCCGCCCAGAGCGGUGGCUACGGUCGCCCCUACAGCCAGCCCGAAAACCAACGGACUGACCAAAGACCUCAGCACCUUACAGCUUGGUAUCGGAGCGACAAGUACACCUCACUCAAACAGCAGCAGCUCUCUGCAGUCGGGUGGCUCGGCCGCCGCGGUGGCUCUGGGGUCCAGUAAAGACGGGAUGCACCAGAGGUCUUUUUCUGUGUCCAGCGCUGAACAGUGGAAUGAAGCAGUUAUCAGCUCCAACACCACAGCAGCCAAUGGGAUGGCAGAUCCUCUAAGCUCCGCCCCUGGCAUGGGCAGCGCCACAAGUCCCAAACUUGAGCCUCCGCCAUCACCUCAUGCCAACCGCAAGAAACACAGACGGAAAAAGAGCACGGGCAUCACCAAACCAGACGGCUUUUCUGUAGGAAGUGAAGAGCAAGAGGAGUCUUUCGAAUUCAUUAUCGUUUCCCUGACCGGUCAAAUGUGGCACUUUGAGGCAUCCACGUAUGAAGAACGAGAACUCUGGGUGCAAGCCAUCGAAAGCCAGAUAUUUGCCAGUCUUCAAUCCUGUGAGAGCAGUAAAAACAAGUCUCGAAUGGGAAGCCAGAGUGAUGCAUUAACCAUCCAGUCCAUCAGGAACGUGAGGGGAAACAGCUUCUGUGCCGACUGUGAUGCCCCAAAUCCGGAUUGGGCCAGUUUGAAUCUCGGCGCUCUUAUCUGCAUCGAGUGCUCCGGGAUGCACAGGAACCUGGGAACCCAUCUUUCCCGUGUACGGUCUCUGGAUUUAGAUGACUGGCCUGUAGAGCUCAGCAUGGUGAUGACGGCCAUUGGUAACGCCAUGGCAAACAGUGUAUGGGAAGGUUGUGUGGAGGGCUACACCAAACCUGGGGUCGACAGCACGAGGGAAGAGAAGGAACGCUGGAUCCGAGCUAAAUACGAACAGAAGUUGUUCCUGAUUGGGCUGCCGCAGUCGGAUGUGCCGUUGGGACAGCAGCUGUUGAGGGCGGUGGUUGAAGAUGACCUGAGAAUGGUGGUUCUCCUGCUCGCCCACGGCACCAAGGAAGAGGUCAAUGAGACGUACGGGGACGGAGAUGGACGCACGGCCCUGCAUCUGUCCUGUGCCAUGGCGAAUGUGGUCAUCACACAGCUUCUCAUCUGGUACGGUGUAAACGUUAAAAGCUGUGAUGCACGCGGUCAGACGCCCCUGUUGUACGCCCAGCAGGCGGAAAGUCAAGAAUGUGCCGACAUCCUCAUCCAGCACGGCUGCCCGGACGACUCCGGCCGUCACAACCCCAACGUCAACAACAACGCACAGUGCUCGCUCAACCGUAGCGUUAGCAUCAUGUAAUCCCGUCCUGAUGCUCCAUCCGUAGUGUCUCCUUGAAUUGAUGUUCCUAAACAACAUCCCUUCUUCCAUUAGUGUACUGCUGAUCCAAUAUUGCUAUUAGGAAUACUGUUCAUACGUGUCAUGUAAAGCCAUUCACCCACAACGACUUCAUGUUGUAACCAAUGUUAAUGUACAAGAAAAGACGACGGCGGUAUUGACGUAUCCAUGCUCAUUUUGUGAGAAAGGUAACUUAUCUUGGGUGCACAGAACAAAAAACAUCUGGGAAGGUUUGGGAUAAAACAAUAACUGUGAUCGAUUCAAUGUUUUAUUUUACAUAUCCAAUUGUUAGAUCCACCUAAAUAUUCAUAAACCUUUUGUAAAGUGAAACAUCAGUGCAUGUUUAGUUUUUAAGUUGUGCCACCACAGUGCCCUUGGAUGAAGCUCAAUGACACUAAGACCGCUGCUGAAAAAAACUUUACCAUCUUGUAGCAUCAGUACAAAACCCAAAUCAUCAUACUCAUUACUAUUUACAUGUUGGCGUGAUCACCUUACCAAUACUGUGCUACUGUAGUUGCCUUGUGCGAGUUGUUUCUGGACCCUUCUGAAGUGACGUCAUUACCGUACGACACUUAUGUUUAAAACACUCAGUGCUAAAUGACAAAAUAAGAUUCUCCUUUUUUUUUAUUUGUGAGCGUGUGUUUUUGUUAUUAGUGCGAUGACCUUUGAAUACUGAAUGGUUGAAGAUUGUAAGCGUGGCUGUUUUGUGUCCAUUAAGAUAAUUCUUGUCGAAUCUAAUGAGAUCGAUGGGACGGACGAUAUGGAUUAUGUACAGAUGUGUGUGUUAAAUAGCUUUCUCUCUCCAUUUUGCAGCUAGCUGUGUGUAGUGUGGGCAAUUGGUGGAUAAAAUGACCAUUAUACAGUAUACCCAUCUGAAACCCUAACAGCCUUAACCCCAGGUUUAUUAUUUCAUGUUUGGCCUCCAUACUUGAAACUUAGACCUUGAUUAUUAUUUUACACACGUUACAGUAAAGGGAUAAUGGUAGAAGAGAUGUUCGACCUCUGUCUGAGGGUUUUACCAGAUAGUAUUUUAUGUUUACAUAAGUUUUACAUUAAAGCAGGUACGGUCUCUUAGUACUUGAGUUCGAUUUGUACAUGCACCUCUUUAUUUUAAGCUUUGGGAGAUAAUGGCAUUGAUUUAAAACGCAAGGUUUAUUAGCUGUGCAAAUAUGUGUUUCUUUGUAACAUCUAAAGUGGAAACUUUAAAUGCCUUUUAAUUAGGUUUUUAUGCCAUUUGAUAUUUAAUUGUAUUAUAUGUUUUUACAGUUGGAUGGCACAUGAACUUGAUGUUAUUUAAUGUCGAUAACAUGCAUUAAUGCUAUAAUUGAUUUUUUUAUGAUGACGAGGUUGCUUUUUGGGCUUUGGAAAAAUGGGAGGUUAAAAUGCAUUAACGUCCGGUUUAUUAAACGUUACAAUGUAAACCUCUUUAAGUAGCCAUAUAUCAGAAAGAGAUACAGUUUUCCCACUUUUUUUGGUACCUGAUUUUGGGUCUCAGUGGGUUAGGGUUUGGGUUUGUAUCCACGUUGUCUGGCCAUUAAGGUACUUUAUGUAUUAUAUGUACAUUUGACAUAUUUAUAAAAGCAAGAUGUAAAUAAUUCUUUUGUUGUUGCUUUUAUUGAGCAGUUUGAUAACUACUUUUUUGUUUCUUUUAAUUUGCCAUUGUUUAAAUGCUCCUUCUGAAAAUGAUGGAGAGAUUUAAUGGGAGUUAGCUGUUGUGUGAUUGAAUGCUUGGCUGGCUAUUGACAUUAUAAACACUCCAAUAAAAUGAUUUAUACCAUGA